AUGGCUCGCCGGAGCGGGGCCUCAGCUGUUUCCAUCAGAAUUAUGAGCCACAUCAUGGCCAGCAGAUGGGCUGAGGAGCCGCGCAAAGAAAGUUGCGGUUGCUCCGGCAACACCCAGGCUGAAGCGCGCUUGCCCUGGACUUCUUCAAACACACAAGCGCUCCCAGUGACCGAGUGCAUUGACAAUAAAUACAUACACAGCAAAAUGGAUGCGUUCCCGUUUCCACCGCGAGAGUCAUUACAGCCUCUCUCGCCUGAACGCGUCAAUGGCAGCACCAGGCCUCUCAGUGGCAUGUCGUCCAAAACAACAUCCACACCGGACUACCCCGAAAACCCGUCACCGCACUCUUCCCCCAGACGAAAGGCGGCCAACUUGUUCGCCGACUACGACCCCAAGCGGAAUUCACCGGUGAAAGAAUAUGGCUUUGCAUUACCAAUGAGCCCAUCCCUACCCGAGAUUCACGCGUUUCGAUCCCACGCGCGCACAAACAGCGACGUCCAAGGCCUAGUCAAGCGCUUUGAGCAUUUGGAUGUUCGCGAUCGCGAUGCAGAGUGGGAAGGAAGAAAGAAACGACACGAGGCAGAACUUAGACGGGCGCAGAUCGCAAGGGAGGAGGCCGAGAACGAUGUCAAGAGAUUACGUGAAGAAGUUCGGCGGCUAAAGAGGGAGGGCGAUGAAGGUCGCGAUCGCGAGAGGAAAUUAGGAAAGAGACUAGAGGUCGUGACGGAGGAAUUUGCUAACUUCAAAGAAUCGCAGACCUCGCAGCAUUCAGUAUACGAGAAGGAAGUCCGAAAGGCGCGGAAAGAAGCAUUCAAGACGAGCUCAGCCGUGCUCAAGUUGCAAGAAGAACUAAAAUCUACGCGCAACACUCUCCGCAUAACACAGUCCGGCUUGGACAUGGAGAAGCGCAAGGUGGCCCAACGAGAACAACAGACCUUCGAUGCACAGUACCAAUUGGUCGCCGUCCAAGAAGAGCUCGACAAGAUGAGAACUCAACUGAAGACCGUUGAAGAGGAGAAGAAUGCACUCAAGACAAGCUUGAAGGAAGAAGAGGUGGCUCGAAUUGCAGCCGAAGGCAUGAUCGCUCUACCCCUGGGCAAUCAUGACGAUGACGAUCUCAUGAGCCCACAACUGAGAAGAAGGUCUCCACAGAAGCGUCCGCAGUCCCCAUUGUCAGAUGAUAAAGAGAAUGUUGGCGUGGUCACGAAGAAGAUGGUUGAGGCUAGGCAGCUCAGCGAGGAACUCGGUCGAGAAAGGAUGAGACGAGAGGAGGCCGAAGAGCUCGUGGAUUUCUUGCGACUAGAAGUGCGUGGAGACUCAGCCCACGAUCUUCGUGAAACAAACCCAUUCGCGGCAGCACUCGAAAACAUUCGCGACACCAUGCGGGCAGUCCUGACGACUCCUGCAAGCGAGACCGAGCAUACCGAACCAAGCGUCGUCAUUAAGCGUGAGUCUUCUCCUGAGGUGCACACUCAAAAGAGGGAAAGUGUGGACGUGGAAAUGGAGGAACUUGCGCCACAAGACUCUCCAAUGGAAGGCUUAGAUCGCAGUAUGACAAUGGACCAUCAGCCUGAGCCUGAAGAUCAAGUGGGGGAAGAAGCUGUAAUUGACGAGGAAGAGCCUAUUGCGCCACGGCCGACUCCAUUGGAACCAGAAGCACAGCCGGACGAGAAUGGUGAGCCUACGCCCACCCCUGCAACCAUGAAGGUGCCUUUGCUGCUUUCUAGCCCACAAUCACCAGCCCACUCACAAGCUCAGACAACGCCGUACCGGCCAGGCUAUGUGCGAACCAUCACUACCACCACAACAAUCCCAAUGCAUUUCACACCUCAGAAGCCAAAAUUUGACGCCAUGCAGGAUGCUGAAAAUAUCCCACCUACGACAAUGUCGCCGCGAGAUAGAUCCGGAUCUGCGCCGACUUUUGACCGGGAGGCAGCACUGGCGGCCAUCGCUUACAGAAGAGGUCGUGCCAAGUCUAUUGCGGAUGGCCAUAUGACGCCGCGGAAGCAGAUGAUGGAAGGUGUCAACAUCAAAGAGAGGCGAGACAUCUCAGCUCCAGCGUUGGGACAAAAGUCGCACGCAGCGAAACGCAAGCCGGACGAGAUGAAUAUUGAACCGAGGGAAUGUCCUGCAUCUUAUCUUGUACAUGACCGUCGAGUGGAAAGGUAUGGGAAGGGUUCAGGUCUGGAUUUUGAAACAGCGAUGGCGAAACGUUCCUUGUGUACGCUUCAUGAGUAA